CUUCAAGAACCAUUCCUGUUACUGGGAAAGGAGAAGUUUGCUGGAGUUGAUAUCCGUGUACGAGUCCGAGGUGGUGGACAUGUUGCACAAAUCUAUGCUAUCAGACAGGCCAUCUCCAAAUCUCUGGUUGCCUAUUAUCAGAAAUAUGUUGAUGAGGCCUCCAAGAAGGAAAUCAAAGACCUUUUGAUUGCUUAUGACAAGAAAUCUUUUUGGGGUUUUUUGGGUCCAAAAACGGUGCGAGCCCAAAAAAUUUUUGGGGUCCAGGUUCCCAAGGGGCCAAAAUACCAGAAAUCAUACCGUUAA